UGCUGUGUGACAUAGAGAGCUGACACCUCAAUAAAACACACUUAGCUUUUAAUGUUACAAAUGUGACACAAAUUGCAGGGACGAGAUAGAUGUAUGCAAAUAACAGCAGGGAUACAGCGAGUUUAUUAUAAUGCCCGAUUUUUUUUUCAGCUAGCUGUGUGACUGAGUUGAUGAGUCGGGCGGUAGCUUCAGACAAGCUCGGUCAUAGUAAUGAAUAUUAUAUAAUAUAUUCAGUUACGGUGUAGCUACAUGUAAGAUGUGUGAAAUAUGGUGGUACAGGUGAAAGCGGCACCACGCAGUUAACAGCGCAGCGCCGAGGCGGCUGAAGGCGGGUGGUCGUUUUAAACAGAGGAAACAUGGCUGAAGUGCACCGUGUAGUUAAAGUAUGGAGGAAAUUCUGAGCAGGCUGAGGGAGUUGAGUGCAGACCAGCUGCGGGAGGAGAUCAUUGGGGCAGAUCUCAAGUGUGGGCCCAUCACUGCCACCACAAGGGCCAUCUUUGAGCGGAAGCUGGCCCGAGCAAUCCUGGGGGGUGACGGCAGCACAUCAGAGCCCAACAGUGGUCCACCUGGGGACAACAGUGGUGGCCCUCCUCAUGUGGAUCCAGAUGGAGCUACACCCAUAGCCUCAUCUGGGUGUCCUCAGGCCUCCAGCAAAGAUAGUGAUUUUGGCUAUGAAGUGGGGCUCAACCCACCAGAAGAGGAAGCCUUGGUGGAGAAGACCACCAUCCUGUCUAGCACCCAGGUGGAGGAAUCAAGGGGGCAUGUGAGUGAUCAGACCCCCUCAAAGAACACAGAGACUUCUCCACCAGUCUACUAUGGAGUGUGUCCAUUGUGGGAUGAUGUUCUGGCCAGAAGUGACAGGGUUCACGUGUAUACAGAUAAGAAGGAGGCUCUGCAGGCUGUGAAGAUGAUGAAAGGAGCCCGGUUCAAACCAUUCUCCAACCGUGAGGAUGCAGAGAAAUUUGCCAAGGGGAUAUGUGAUUACUGCCCUUCCCCCAGCAAGCCCACCCCCUGUGUCUCUCCAGGGAGGCCAAACAUAAUGUUUUACAAAGACAGCCCUUCUGUCCUAGAGGCUGAGACGAUUAACAGGGAGAGGGCCAACAGCUUCAAGAGCCCACGCACACAAGACCUGACAGCCAAACUGAGGAAGGCUGUAGAGAAAGGCGAUGAGGCCACUUUCACCGAGCUUGUCUGGAGCAAUCCGCGCUAUCUCAUUGGCUCCGGGGACAAUCCGACUGUGGUUCAGGAGGGCUGCCGAUACAACGUCAUGCAUGUGGCAGCUAAGGAGAACCAACCCAGGAUAGCCCAGCUGCUCCUGGACACAUUGGAGAACCCUGAGUUUAUGCGCCUCAUGUACCCUGAUGACGAAGACACCAUGCUGCAGAAACGCAUCCGCUACAUUGUGGACCUGUACCUCAACACCCCUGACAAAGUGGGGUUUGAGACCCCUCUACACUUUGCCUGUAAGUUUGGUUGCCCAGAGGUGGUGAAUGUCCUGUGCUCACAUCCUGACACAGACAAAAACUGCAGGAACAAGUAUGACCAGAGGCCUUGUGAUGUUAUUUGUGAAAGAAAAAACAAAAUCCAGGAGAUAAAACAGAAGAUUGUUGACUAUUUAGAAGAUCGCUGUUAUGUACCCUUGCUGAGGGCUACAGACAACUCCUCCCAGCCUCUUAUUGGUGCUCCCUGGUCACCCGAGCCAUUGGAAAGUGUUCCCCACUCUCUGGUCCCCAGAUUGACAGGAAGCCCCAAGGACCCAGUAAUGGCAGUGAGGGCUUUUGUUGGUCCGCUUAGUCCAUCUAAGGCAGAAGAGUUUCAUAGGGUGUGGAAGACACCACCCAGAGAUAGGGCAGAGCAUUUCCACAACAUCCUCAAGUCUGACCCUGAUCGUGGAGCAGAGAGAGUUGGCAGAGAUCUUGCUCAUGAACUGGGCCACCCUUGGGUUGAAUACUGGGACUUCCUGGGCAGCUUUGUUGACCUGUCUUCACCAGAGGGUCUCCGCAAGCUUGAGGAGUACCUGAGCAAAAAGGACUUCAGUGAGUGUGCCCAGCAGGAAACUGGAGAGAAUGAAACCAGUAACCGCUUCAAAACUCCGUCUCCAGGUAAACCCAAAAAAUUCUGCAACUCGAUCUCAGUGGGUGCUUUCCUGGAUGAGGGAGAUGACAUCAGCCUGGAGGAGAUGAAGAACCGGCAGAAUGCUGCCCUGACCAGCAUCACGGCAGUGUGUGCCAGAGAGGGCCUGAAGGGUGCUGUUGGCGGCCUGGACUUCCACAUCCUGCCAAUGUCACAUGGUGCCGACCUCAUUGAGACGGCAGCUGAGCAGGACCGUCUGCGUGCCGACAAAGGCCUCCUGUCCUCUGGGAAAAACGGGCUGUGCUCCCCUCCUGGCAGUGAGCGGACCCCAAACGGAGAACGGUCCAUCCGUGGUACCUCCUCGGGCCUCUUUUCACCCAUCUCCAACCUAAUGGCGGAGUUUGAGAGGAUGUCCUUACAGGAUGUGGCAGUGAGCACGCCACGGGAGAGGAGGCGGAGCGGCGGCCCCAGGCACAGGGAGGCUCGGGAACAAUGUGCUGUGGACGCAACCGUCUGCAUGGCCCGCUUGGCACUGUCAGACAGAGACAACCCAGCAUUUGGGCGAGGGAACAUGGACCUGAAGGAUAGUGGUGCCUGGAGGACAGGAGAGAGGAGUGAGGUGGAUGAGGACGUAGAGGAUAGGUCCAGCACUAGCUCGGAGGAGUAUUAUACAGCAGAAGAGGGCCUGGAGGCCUUAAGCCAAAGGACAGGUGUUCUGGGCUUGGGGCGGGGUAUCUGCACACGAUCCCGGUCCUGGGACCAUGGGGGGCGGGAUCAGAGUAGCUCUGGGUCCUCCGGCUCCUCCUACAAAUCCCUAGAGAGCUCUGAACAAGACCUGAUAUUAAGGACUCCCCCCUCUCUUAGAAAAAGCUUAUUCAUUGAAGGGGAAUCUCCUACCAAGUUGGACAGAGAGGUCUUGGCAGCAAUAGAAGCCAUAGAAAUUGAGCCACACAGGUACCCCAGUAUUCACAAAUGGAAGAGCACAAUACAGGCUUUCUCAUCCUCCGAAAUGCAAAGCUGGCCUACUCCCCAGGUAGCUAAAACCCGCCAGAGGCUUCAGGCCUAUACUCCGGGCUCGCCUGGAAGUAGCCUCCUGUCAACACCGGGACGGUUCAGCCCAGCGCGGAACAUGGCUUCGCCUGACUUUACCAGCCCGAGCCGCUACAGCCCCGCCAGCGUUAACUACAUCCAGCGCAUCCGCCAUAAGCACUUCAACGAGCCCUCUUUCUGAUGCUGUCUGCAUCUUCUGCUCACCAGAAAUAACAUGGCUCCAUGGUGGUGAUCACAGUCUAGCUUGGAACCACGUACUUUCUAAAAUAUGCACACCAUUCCCGAAGGUUUCCUCUUCUUUUAACAAUAUCCUUUAAAUAAACUGCAUUCAGUUCUCGGUAGAUUGGAUCUUGUUGUAAAUUUCUCAGCAGGGUUCCUUGGCUGUGUCUGUGGGGAUGCAAGCCUUGUUGAAAAGAAAUGAGACGCGACAAAACCUGUUGCAGCCCUGCCUUUCCGAAGGUUUCCGUUUUUAAACAAUCCUCCCAAAUUCUCUUCCCAGAAGUUUCCUGAAGCAUGCUGUUAAUAAUUCGGAGUACAACCCAAUGAAGUAUGAACGAACCAAACUGAGAAUAUAAGCUGUAAGCUUUUUUAAUUAUGAAUUGUUUUGGUAUCUCACAGGUAGUAGCACAAAGCAAAUAGAAAGCAAGUGUUAAACUGCCAGGUUGUUCCUCUGUUAUUUUUUUGCCACUUCAGGAAUUGCCUUAAUGUUUUUCUGUAAAAAAGGACCAGUCUCCGGUCAGAAUUUGCCGCACCCUGUCUAUAUUUGUCUCCUCGUACAGCCACUGUAGAUCUGCCACAUGUGACAUUGACCAGUCAUUUGGUAAUACAGCUGUUUACAGAGGGGGGAAAAACUUGAGUUUUGGUUCUUCCAUUUUGUUUUUACACUCAGUAUGUUUUUCUGUGUUUUGGUUUCUGUCCUGUGAAAUGUAUGAGGUUAACUGAGAUGGUUCUGCGGAUCCACUUAUGACACUUUAUUGCCAAAUAUAAUUUUCCCUCUCUCUCCUUAGGAGACCUAAAUGAAAGUAAAAGGUUGUGUACAAAAUAACCUGGGUCGUUUACCAUGGGAUUCUCUAGAGCUACAUCUACAUGAAUGUGAAGGUGCAAAGCACUGCAGUAGUAUGAACUGAUGUGUAAAAGGUAGACUUAAGCCAAACAGCAAUUACUGCACUUGGCUGUAAAUGUAAAAAGGAAAAAGACCAACUUUUAGUUUAUAUGCAGGCUAAAUGUAUACUGUCAUUUACUUUUACUCCUUGUCCUAACAGUGCAUAUGUGCUGUUGCCUGAAUAUUGUGGAUCGAUGGGGGUUGUCUGGUUUUUUCGAAUGUCUCCCGUUUGGAUUGUGAACCACAGAACAGAGCACAUCGCCACAGCUGAAGCGAGGGUCACGUUUCUCCGCUUAGUUCAGCGCUCGGCUGCAGAGUUGCGCAGAUUGCACUGGAGGCAUCCAGUGUUUAUGAAUGUCCAAAUUACUUUACAUUAAUUGCAGUUUCAGAGGUGCCCCCCACUCCUAACGGGCUUAAUGUGAUUUUUAACUUGCAGCACUUGAUUGAACAAUACCAUGCUCAGAAAUGUAUGUAUUAACCUCUAAACUUUUUUUUUUUUUUUUUUUUUGUCCGUGGUCACUCUGUACCUCUCAUUUUCCAUGCCUAAAAAAUUGACUGAAGCUGUUAGACAAUAGUUGUAUGAUAGACAAGCGGAGGUGAUGACUGCUCUGGGUCUGACUGAAACGAAGGCAAAUGUCCGAGAAGUACAAUCUGCUACUGCUGAAGUAAGUGAUCCCUUGACCGAGUAGUCGCUGGACUCCACAGUAGGUCAGAGUAGUGCUCUACAUAUUUGCGUUUUCAAGCUGCUGGUUAAAAUUCAUUCCAGUCUUUAGGCGGUUGUGAAACACCUUGUUCUCCCCCACUUACAUUCUAGUGAAAGUUUCCAGCUGCUCAUCCUUGUUUUCAGCUUUUUAGUGCCUUUUAUAGUACGACAAUGUGUGGCAAAACCUGUCUCUUAAGUGACAGAUGUGGCACUGACUUGAUAAAUUUUCCUUUGACGUUUUUAAACACGUAGCCCAACUUGAUUCAGCUCUUCAGUAGCAUCAGUAUAUGCAGUGUUUCAAUACCUCCUCAAUACGAUUGUAAAAAAAAAAACUAAAUUUACAGUUUAAUAUAUAAUAGUUUAAAAAAAUGCCAGCCUUACAUUUAUUUAAAGCUUUGUAGUGCCAACACUGUGUUGCAUCGGAGUUGCUGUUAAGUGUUGAGAUUUCAGAUUUUUUUUGUUGUUCCAGCUUCCCCACUGCAUGCAUUUCUAGUCCCAUUUUAUUACUGUAUGUCAGAAGAAAGCAUUUGGUGUACUACUGAGGAACAAAAUAAAUAAGUGCACAGUAACUGAUUGUUUCCACC